AUGGGGGGCAAAACUAGCAACAAGGCCGGAUACUUCGACAAGCUCAAGGGCUUGUUGGAGGAGUACAAGUCCAUCUUCAUCGUUGAGAUUGACAAUGUCAGCUCUCAGCAGAUGCACGAGAUCCGUCACUCUCUCCGUGGCAAGGGUGUCGUGUUGAUGGGCAAGAACACCAUGGUUCGCCGUGCUCUCCGUGGCUUCAUUCUUGACACCCCCGAGUACGAACGCCUUCUCCCCUUCGUCAAGGGCAACGUCGGCUUCGUCUUCACCAACGAGGACCUCAAGGAGAUCCGUGAUCUCAUCCUCGCCAACCGUGUCGCUGCUCCCGCUCGUGCCGGUGCCGUCGCUCCCGUCGAUGUCUGGGUUCCCGCUGGAAACACCGGCAUGGAGCCCGGUAAGACCUCUUUCUUCCAGGCCCUCGGUGUCCCUACCAAGAUUGCCCGUGGUACCAUUGAAAUUACCACCGAUCUUAAGCUCAUUGAGGCCGGCAACAAGGUUGGUCCUUCCGAGGCCACCCUUCUCAACUUGUUGAACAUCUCUCCCUUCACCUACGGUAUGGGUAUCUCCCAGGUCUACGACGCGGGUCAGACCUUCGAGGCCAAGGUUCUCGAUGUUGGUGAGGAGCAGCUCCUCAAGACCUUCGGCUCUGCUAUCGCCACCAUCACUGCCAUCUCCCUGGCCGUCAACUACCCCACUCUUCCCUCCAUCAUGCACUCCCUCGUCAACGGUUACAAGAACCUCCUUGCCGUCGCUGUCGAGACUGAGAUCAGCUGGCCCGAGAUUGAGGAGCUCAAGGACCGCAUUGCCAACCCUGAUGCUUACGCUUCUGCCGCUCCCGUUGCUGCUGCCGCUGCCGAGACCUCUGGCGCCGCCGCCGCUGACGACGCUAAGGAAGAGGAGGAGGAGGAGUCCGAUGAGGGUGGCUUCGGUGGUCUCUUCGACUAA